GUAGUUGUCAUUGUCCGACUUUCCAAAGAAACCCCACAAAUCAGCAAAACAAAGCUCACAGAUUACUACAACGGAAAAUAAAAAUAAAAACUCGAACUUUGCAAAAAACAAAACAUUUUCUUUGUCAAUUUAUUGAAAGCAGUUUUUUUGUGUGGUGGUUUGGUUUCCUGUCUGCUUUUUCUGGAGUAAAGCUUUGAAGGGGUGUUUAUGGUGUCCGUGAAUCCGAACCCAGCGCAAGGGUUUCACUUCUUCAAUCCCAUGAAUAUGGGCCUCCCGGGCCUCAAUUCCAUGCCUCCGCCGACGGCGCCGGCAAACUUAUCGGCGGGUUCGGCGACGGCGGCUGUUAAUUCGGCGCCGUUGACGGAGGAUCCGAGCAAGAAGAUCCGGAAGCCGUACACGAUCACGAAGUCUAGAGAGAGCUGGACGGAGCAAGAGCACGACAAGUUUCUAGAAGCUCUCCAAUUAUUUGAUCGUGACUGGAAGAAGAUUGAAGCAUUUAUUGGUUCAAAAACAGUUAUUCAGAUACGUAGCCAUGCACAAAAGUACUUUCUGAAAGUCCAGAAGAGUGGGACCAGUGAACAUGUACCUCCCCCUCGACCAAAGCGGAAAGCUGCUCACCCGUACCCACAAAAAGCCCCUAAAAAUGCAUUUCUGGCAGCUCCAAAUGUUGCUCAUCUUACUGGGCCAUUUCAAUCCUCCACUGCUUCGCUGGAGCCUGAAUAUAUAUACAGGCCAGAUUCAUCAUCUGUGCUUGGAAAUCCCGUAACCAGUGCCACAUUGUCUUCUUGGAAUUAUGGUUCGGUGCCACCAGUCAAUGUCGCACAAGUGACCAAAGAUGAUGGAGGUUUAUUUGUUCCAGGUGCUGCCAAUAAUUCCUGCUAUAGCAGUAGUACUGAAAGCACUCCAAGGACUCGGCAAACCAGUGAAACAAUUGAUCCUAGGUUACACUCCAAGACGAUGAGAGUUAUGCCGGAUUUUGCUCAAGUGUAUAGUUUCAUUGGCAGUGUCUUUGACCCUAAUGAGACUGGUCACUUGCAGAGAUUGAAACAAAUGAAUCCAAUAAAUUUGGAAACGGCGCUGUUGUUGAUGCGGAACCUCUCAAUUAAUUUGGUGAGUCCGGAGUUUGAGCAUCAUAGAAGGUUGCUUUCAUCUUAUGAUGCUGAUGCGGAAAGGGCCAAAACCGUUGGCGCGUGUAGCUUCCCUUUCAAAUCGGAGAAUGUGAUCCUAUCGGCUUAAGAAGUCGACGUUUGUAACUCGCUGCUCUCCAAGUUCCAUCUGCCAGGAUAAAGGAACUAGCUAUGAGAUGUGUUUUCUAACAACAACAACAGCAUUAACACUCUGUAUAUAUGUUUGAAUAGUUGAGGUUUAAGUAGCCACGGGUCUCUCAUGGUGAAGUGAAGCUUGUAAAGGGACCAGCUUCAUUUUUGUGUCUUAUCAUGUAUAUACUGUGUCCUUUUGUCUUCCAGUAAUGUAGGGAUAGUAGUAAAUUAUCUACUUCACUUGUACUAGAUUUGUUUCAGAGGCUUAUCUUGUAUAGAGGUAUGAGUGUAUCGCCAUCAGGUGUUUGAUUGUA